AUGACGGGAGUCUCUGUAAUUGUACCAUCACCAUCAGGUGCAAAGCUUCUUGUAGUUCGUAAUCCUGAAAAAGACUCUCCCUGUCAAUUCGAAAUUUGGGGUCCAGCUCAAGUAGAAAAGGAAUUCCAUAUUCCCCCAACUGUUCAUGGCUCAGUAUAUACUGAUGGCUGGUUUCAGGGAAUUUCUUGGAACUCUGAUGAAACUCUCAUCGCUUAUGUUGCUGAGGAGCCAUCUCCCUCCAAGCCUACAUUUACAUUUCAGGGCUAUAAGAAAGGUAGUUCCACUGAUAAGGAAUUUGGCAACUGGAAAGGCCAAGGGGAGUGGGAGGAGGAAUGGGGGGAAACCUAUGCUGGAAAAAGGCAACCUGCACUCUUUGUCAUAAAUGUUAACAGUGGAGAGACACGAGCUGUUAAAGGAAUCGAAAAGCGUUUGAGUGUUGGCCAAGUUGUUUGGGCCCCACCAAUUAGUGGAUCCCAUCAAUAUUUGGUUUUUGUUGGGUGGUCAGCAGAUACCAGAAAGCUAGUUAAGGCACCACUUUAUGGAUCAGAAGCUGAUGGACAAGAAAUCAAAGAUAAUUCAACUGAGGAUUGUCCUGUGGUAAAUCUAACGCAAAGCAUUAGUAGCGCUUUCUUUCCAAGAUUCAGCCCAGAUGGCAAAUUACUUUUGUUUUUAUCGGCAAGAAGUUCUGUGGAUUCCGGGGCACAUUCUGCUACAGAUUCUCUUCACAAAAUUGAUUGGCCUGUGGAUGGAGUGCCGUGCUCAUCUAUGGAAGUUGUUGAUGUGCUAUUCACAUUUGUGCAAUUCGGAGCUUAA